AGGGCCUCUGAGCCAAGACGAGGUUGAGUAGACUCGUUUUGAAUUUUCUCCCUUCUGCUCCGGCCGACUCCCCUCUUGCGUUGCGGGGCUCACUGCGGCGGCAGGGUUGGGGGAGCCGGAGGUCUGGCAGAGCUGUCUGCGCCCACGGACCGGACGCUCCCUCCCCACCUCCCUUUUUCCUCCCGCCUCCGCCUCCUCCCGUCACCUCCUGACCCUCCCGGCCUGGGAGCAACCGCCGCCCCCGCCCCCGGCCGCCGCGGCCGGGCUGCGUGCUGUCCCAGAGUCUCGCCGGCCUCUCGGGAGGGGACCCGCGGCCAGGGGAAGGCAGGCUGCAGCAGGGGAGGCUAGGAGCCCUGCGGAGGGUGCUGAGCCCGAGAGCACCCGUGGUAGAGGGGCCGCUCCCCUCCUUUCUUAGCCUGAAGUUUAGAAAGGCUUCCUCUGCACCUCUCCCCUGCUUUCAGACUGUUUUUGCUUUUGAAUCGUGAACUCACUCAAAGGCCUGUGUCGGUCUCAAUGGUCCCUAUUAUUACUUUAGUUAUUUUCCCGAGUGGAGAAUAGAUGGGGGAUACUUUAAGAUCCCAAAGUCACAUUCUAAGGCAUUUGCCCGAAUACCUCCAAGGGGCGCGGCGGGUGGAGCGGUUGGCAUUCCGGGACAAUAAUUGAGAGUCAGGCAGAACUGGAUUGCAAAAUAUGUGGGCUUAGCGAGAACAUGCUGCCCUGAAGACAUAGUUACAGUUUUCACGUGAACAAAGCUAGCACUACUGUAAUUUAGUGCCCUAGAGGAAGACUGUCAAUGAACAUAAAAGGGCAUUUCUGAGGCUAACAGAAUGUAGGAACCCGAGCUUGAAACCUGAGCCACUGCCUGAAGGUAUGGUGAGACCAACAGAUGAAGAGAAGAUAGCCUGUUAUUCACAGGUCUCAAAAGGAGUGGGCAUGCUGUACCCCAGAGAACCACACAAUGUAACCCAAGCUGUUAACUAAUAGGAGAAAAAUGAGACUGAAUAUGAAGCCAGCAUGGAACAGCGGCGUUUGUUAGGAGCCAGCUGUAGCGAUGGGAAAGAGUCCGAAAGAGGAGCUCAGGAAUCCGAGCAUAUAACUUGUAUGGACUCUGGGGAUCCUUCCUUUGGACAGAAUGAGCCCCCUACCAUUUUGCCUGUUACUGCUGAAACAGAUGAUCCCCUCACAUCUCAGGAUCUGCCAGAGACACUGACUGAUACACAGGCCCUCUAUGCAGAGCAGUUCCAUCUUUUAGACCCAAAUGGGCAGCCUCUUCAAUAUGAUCUCCACUCGUUGGGAGACUCUAAUGCACAAAUGACGAUCACUACCAGCCCUUCAGAAAAUGGACAGGUGGUUCAUGUAAUCCCACCCACCCAGACAGGAAUGGCACAGGUGAUCAUACCUCGGGAGCCGCUGGUGGAUGCGACUAGGCCUCAAGAUGCCUCUGAAGAGAAACCCACUGACAGAAGCUUACCAACUGUAAGAGCAGAUACUCUAGAAGCCAGUGCCAGUAAUUGUAUUCUUCAUUCACAAGCAUCCCUUGUGCUACCCAGAAAGUCAGGAACCAGAAUGCUUGAGGAAUCUUUGCCGUCUCCUCUGCAGCCACUUUCUUCUAACACACCUAUAUGGGCCUGCCGUCUUAGGAGUUGUGAGAAAAUUGGAGACUCCUACCGUGGCUACUGUGUGAGUGAGACUGAAUUAGAAAGCAUCCUAACUUUUCACAAGCAGCAAACCCAGAGUGUCUGGGGCACUCGCCAGUCUCCAAGCCCAGCCAAACCUGCCACGCGCUUGAUGUGGAAGUCCCAGUAUGUCCCCUAUGACGGAAUCCCAUUUGUCAAUGCAGGUAGUCGAGCUGUAGUAAUGGAGUGUCAGUAUGGACCAAGGAGAAAAGGUUUUCAGUUAAAGAGAAUCAGUGAACAAGAAAGCAGGUCUUGCCAUCUCUACAAAGCUACAUGCCCAGCCAGGAUUUACAUUAAAAAGGUACAGAAGUUCCCUGAAUAUAGAGUGCCUACAGACCCCCAGAUUGACAGGAAGAUCAUCAGAAUGGAGCAAGAGAAAGCCUUCACCAUGCUGAAGAAGAACCUGGUGGAUGCUGGGGGUGUUCUUCGAUGGUAUGUGCAGUUACCUACACAACAAGCUCAUCAGUAUCAUGAAUUAGAGACUCGUGGCCUCUCUCUGUCACCAUCUCCUUUUCCUAUGUCUUCUCUUGAAGAAGAGGAAACUGUAGUCAGAGAUGAGAACUGUGCGUUGCCCUCACGUCUCCACCCGCAAGUAGCGCAUAAGAUUCAGGAAUUAGUGUCUCAGGGAGUAGGACAAGUGUAUGCAGUGAGGAAGCAGCUCAGAAAAUUUGUGGAAAGAGAGCUGUUCAAACCUGAUGAGGUACCUGAAAGACAUAAUUUAUCCUUUUUUCCAACUGUAAAUGAUAUAAAAAAUCAUAUCCAUGAGGUACAGAAAUCCUUGAGGACUGGAGAUGUGGCAUAUAACCCAGAGAUUAUCCCAGCAACGGUAUGAUCACACCCACUUCUUUGUUUUGUUUCAUUAGAGUCUUUCUCAGCUCCCAUUAAUGCAUUAGCAAGUCUGUAGUUCUGGUAAUACUUAAUAGAAAAGGCUACUGUUACACCAUCUCAAUUGCUAUGAUUUAAGAAAGUACAUUAGGUAAUUUUCUAAAAUAUGAAUUCCACAAGCUCUCAGAUAAUGACUUAACUACAUAUUUCUUACUACCCUCACAAGGAAAAGAAACAGUAGAUUUUCAAAUCUAAGUAUAACAGAGAAGAAUCAGUAUUUUUUCUUUAUGAGAACUAUUUCUUAUUCAGUUUACAGACAUUUAUUGAGCACAUACUGAGUAUAUCCCUUGCUCAUUUUAAAACACAGAUGGUCAAGGUUAAGUAGUUCAGUUUCAGGUGCACAGAGUGCUGAUGUGAGCGCUGCAUGACAUAUAUGAAUAUCAGUGUUUACCUCAUAUUUUAUAUUGUCAUUUCUCUGUCAAUAUUAGUAAUUUCUGGAUAACUUUACCAUAGUUAUCCAGA